AAUAAAAUAUGUCUUAAACAAUUGGUGGGUUGUGAUCCGGUCCUGUCACUUGACUUGACGUUUCUCUGUGUUGUUGGAAAGGUUUUUGCUUUUUCCACACCCGACGCAGAAGAUACAUACAAUACAAGGAGGAGUGCAGAAGCGAAUCCAUCAAAUCAUCAGCAAUGAAUGUAGAAGAAGAGGUCGAGCGUCUCAGAGAAGAAAUCCAAAGGCUUGGCAAACUCCAAGAAGAUGGUUCUUACAAGGUCACAUUUGGUGUGCUAUUUAAUGAUGAUAGAUGCGCAAACAUAUUUGAAGCGUUGGUUGGGACGCUAAGAGCGGCAAAGAGGCGGAAAUUUCUCACGUACGAUGGUGAGCUACUGCUGCAGGGUGUCCACGACAACGUGGAGAUCGUACUCAAACCAAAACCGGCAGCGGCGGCGGAGGCAACUGCUGCAGUCGGGACAAGUUAGGGAAGUACGAUGCACUUGUUUCAAUUUCAUGUCAUGUUAUAGUCCAUAUAUCAUGUACUGUGUCUGUGUGAAAGAGACUAAAAUACUUUUGAGAGACCCAUGCUUGCCAGUUGAAAGUGUUUAUUUCGCUUAAUCUCGGGUCCAUUUCCAAUAUUACCUAACAUUCUUGUUCC